GCUUUCGCCAGCCUCCCUCGCCAACCUUUUUGGAACGUUCAGCUUCCGCCGCCGCGUUCGGAGAAGAGAACCUUGAGCUCCCCAACGUUCUGUGUUUUUUUUAAAAAAAUCAAACCGCGGCGUUUUAAGCGUACAAGCUAAAAGUGUGGGGAAGUGAUUUAAAAAAUAAAUAAAAUCCAAGCAAAAUGAGGGAAAUCGUCCACAUUCAAGCUGGGCAAUGUGGUAACCAGAUCGGUGCUAAGUUUUGGGAGGUGAUUAGUGAUGAACAUGGGAUUGACCCCACUGGAACCUACCAUGGCGAUAGUGACCUACAGCUUGACCGCAUCAGUGUUUACUACAAUGAAGCCACAGGUGGCAAAUAUGUCCCUCGUGCCAUCUUGGUUGACCUGGAACCAGGAACUAUGGACUCCGUGAGGUCUGGACCUUUCGGUCAGAUCUUCAGACCAGACAACUUCGUGUUUGGCCAGAGCGGAGCUGGGAACAACUGGGCGAAAGGCCACUACACAGAAGGUGCCGAGCUGGUGGAUUCUGUCCUGGACGUGGUCCGGAAGGAAGCGGAGAGCUGCGACUGCCUCCAGGGUUUCCAGCUGACCCACUCCUUGGGCGGCGGCACCGGUUCCGGGAUGGGCACGCUCCUGAUCAGCAAGAUCCGGGAGGAGUACCCCGACCGCAUCAUGAACACCUUCAGCGUGGUGCCCUCUCCCAAGGUGUCCGACACCGUGGUGGAGCCAUAUAACGCCACCCUUUCCGUGCACCAGCUGGUGGAGAACACAGACGAGACCUACUGCAUCGACAACGAGGCUCUGUACGACAUCUGCUUCCGCACCCUCAAGCUCACCACGCCCACCUACGGCGACCUCAACCACCUGGUCUCGGCCACCAUGAGCGGCGUCACCACCUGCCUCCGCUUCCCCGGGCAGCUGAAUGCUGACCUCCGCAAGCUGGCGGUCAACAUGGUGCCAUUCCCUCGCCUUCACUUCUUCAUGCCCGGUUUUGCCCCCCUGACCAGCCGGGGCAGCCAGCAGUACCGCGCCCUGACGGUGCCCGAGCUGACGCAGCAGGUCUUCGACGCCAAGAACAUGAUGGCGGCCUGCGACCCCCGUCACGGGCGCUACCUAACUGUCGCAGCCGUCUUCCGGGGCCGCAUGUCCAUGAAGGAGGUGGACGAGCAGAUGCUGAACGUCCAGAACAAGAACAGCAGCUACUUCGUGGAGUGGAUCCCCAACAACGUCAAGACGGCCGUCUGCGACAUCCCUCCCCGAGGCCUCAAGAUGGCCGUCACCUUCAUUGGCAACAGCACAGCCAUCCAGGAGCUCUUCAAGCGCAUCUCCGAGCAGUUCACGGCCAUGUUCCGGCGCAAGGCCUUCCUCCACUGGUACACGGGCGAGGGCAUGGAUGAGAUGGAGUUCACGGAGGCCGAGAGCAACAUGAACGACCUGGUGUCCGAGUACCAGCAGUACCAAGACGCCACGGCAGAGGAAGAGGAGGAUUUCGGCGAAGAGGCCGAGGAGGAAGCUUGAGGCGAGUCUGCUGGCAGUUCGGGAAACAAAACAGAAAAGUCAAUAAAUCCGCACAAAAAUAAAAAUUGAAAACAAAAACCCUG